AUGGCCGGCCCGGAAGCUCUCACCGCUCUGCGCCAGCAAGUGCAACUACUUCAACAGGCACUGCAGACCCAGCAACAGCAGCCUUCCCGCAGCGCGCCCACAACAGAGGCCGAACAACAAAGCGUAGUUACCUGCCCAGACGAAACGAGGCACGGUUUCGAAGACGGGGACUACGUCACCUUCUCCGAAGUAAAAGGCAUGAACGAGAUCAACAGCUGCCCACCGAUGAAAGUCAAGGUGCUAGGCCCGACCGAAUUCUCUGUGGGCGACACGACACAGUUCAGUGAUUACACCUCAGGCGGCUUCGCAACGCAAGUUGAAAUGCCGAAUGACAUAAAGUUCAAGCCUUUCAAGGAGUCCAUGAUGAACCCAGACUUCGUUGUGUCGGACUUCGCGAAGGUGAAUCGCCCUGCGCAACUUCACUUGGGCUUUCAAGCGCUUCAUGCCUUUGAAAGGUUCUAUUCACGCCUUCCAAGGCCACGGAACAAGGCAGACGCUAAAACUGUGGUCAAGUUGGCCAAGAAACUCAACACAACGAUGGCCACACCGGUGGAAGCCGUGGACGAUGAACUAAUCACGAAACUAUCCUGCGUAUCUGCCGGCUCCCUGUGUCCGAUGCAGGCGGUUAUCGGAAGCAUCGCAGCGCAAGAGGUUCUGAAGGCGUGCAGUGGCAAGUUCAACCCCAUCCAACAGUGGUUCUACUUCGACGCUUUCGAGUGCCUCCCGCAAGAUGCAGACGUAGAGGAAUCGGACGCCAAUGCCAUGGAAUACUCCAGAUACGCUGGGCAAGCCCGUGUCUUCGGCGUAAAUGUGCAGGAACUGCUGAUGACUCAGAGAUAUUUUGUGGUGGGUGCUGGAGCCAUCGGCUGCGAACUCCUAAAAUUUGCGAUGAUGGGCAUUGGAGUGGACGAUGGCUGCAUAUAUGUCUCCGAUAAUGCCUUCGUUCAGCGAUCAGACCUCAACACGCAGUUCCUACUGCGGUCCCCAGACGUCGGCGCUUUGAAGUCUGUCAUGGCCGGGCAAACCAUUGUCGAACUUAAUCAGGAUAUCAACAUCGCCGUCUGUGUAGACGAAGUGUGUCCGGAAACAAAUAUAUGCACCGAUGACUUCUUCGAGUCUUUAGACGGCGUGGCCAUUGCAGUUGACAACGCUGAGACGCGUCACUUCAUGGACCGGUGCUGCGUUCACUAUGGGAAGGCGCUCAUCGAUUCCGGCAUCAUGGCCACAAAAGGGAGCGUGCAGGUGGUUGUACCGCACAUAAUCAAGAACUACUCGGCUUCUCAGGACCCGCCUGAUGAGUCGGUACCAGCUGAUACCAUCAAGUACUUUCCCAGCAAUAUCGAGCACAUCUUGCUGUGGGCCCGUGAAGAAUUUAAGGUCCUGUUCGAGCAAAGUGCUUCAAAUGCUGACCAGUAUAUAAAAGAUCCUGAUUUCCUUCCAAGGGCCCUGGAAAAGUUGCAGCUCAAAGAAAAGGUGGCGCUGUUGAAAGAAAUAAAGGCAAUCCUAGUAGACCAGCGAGCGUCCGGUUUCGGCGACUGCGUCUCUUUCGCCAGGCUACGCUUCCAGGAGCAGUACAACGACCAAAUACGGCAGCUGCUAUGCGCCCAUCCCGAAAAUCAGAUAACGACGUCUGGUGCCCCUUUCUGGUCCGGCCACAAGCGAUGUCCCCAUCAAAUUCAGUUCGACCCCAAGAACACGCUGCACAUGGACUAUAUCGUGGCGGCGGCGAACUUGCGGGCAGCAAUGUACGGCCUUGCACACAAUACCGACCGCGAAGAGAUCGCCGAUAUGCUCGAAAGUGUGGAGGUUCCGGCACUGGGCCCGCAAAAUGAAGGCGUGCAAGAGGCCGCCAUAGACGCGAACCCACCACAAACCGACGUCCCACAACCCGAUGAUGACAACGUGCUUGCAAAACUUCUGGAGGAGCUGCGCCAUGCGAAGCGCCUCGUUGACGUGCCUCUCAGCAAGAUGGAGUUCAACACAGAAGACGACAAGAACUUUCACGUGGACUUCAUUGUGGCUGCCGCCAACCUGCGCGCCUCCAGCUAUAACAUUGAGCCGGCAGGCCGGCUUAAGAGCAAGCUUAUCGCGGGCAAGAUCAUGCCGGCUAUCGUCACCACCACGUCGCUCGUCGCGGGCCUCGCCUCCCUCAAGCUUUACAAGGUCGCUCAACGACAUGACGAGCCUAAGCUAUACAAGAAUGGGUUUGUCAACUUGGCACUGCCUUUCUUCAGCUUUGCGGAACCCGUUGCGCCCAUAAAGAAAAAGUAUAACGACCAGGAAUUCACAGUCUGGGACUAUCUCGAUGUUGAAGGGGAGCUUACCCUGCGGGAGUUUCUCGAAUAUUUCCAGAAUAAUCACAAGGUCAAUAUCGUCGAGCUAUCCGAAGGAUCCCGAACGCUCUACGCCACCUCUCAGCCGUCGUCCGCGAGUCGCCUCGAACUAUCCAUGAGCGAAUUGGUCGAGGCGGUGUCCCAACAAGAGAUCGAUCCGGACAAGCGCUUCCUGGUGUUUGACCUCAAGUGUAGAGACGUGAAUGGUCGGGACGUAGAGCUUCCACGAGUACGCUACGAGCUGUCAAGGUAACCAACGCCGUCUCCUGCGC